AACGAUGCGCAUGUGGCUGAGCUGAAGAGUCUCCUUCGCAUGUCGCCGAGUCGGGGCGGCCAGGAGAACCAUGGUGAUGAAAGUGGUGAACCCGAACCUGAUGUGGCGGCCAUUGUGGACCAGGAACCCAAUGAGAACCCCGAUGAUAGUGAUUAUGAGGGUGAUUCCGAAACGUCACAGCAUUCAGCGUCAGAUGAGAGUGAUGAUGAUAUGGAACCAGCAGGGCAUGAACCCCAUGACAAUGAAGACAACGCCAGUGACAUGAGCCUUGCAGAUGCUCCCCGUGUCAACCCAGGUGAUGGUGAUGCCAUGGCAGACACGAAUCAGGAGUCCGAGUCAAGCCCUGGGUCUCAGGAUGAGAAAGGGGCUGUUCCUGAUGAGUUGACACCAACCGAAAAGCGAAAACUUUUCUGGGCCAAGUAUGCUGUGAAAAGGAAUUUCCACAAUCCAAUGUGUGAGGGGAAGGGGGAGUGUGAUGAUGACAUUAGCUUAACUCCCACUCUUAGCCCUGGUUCGCCUUGGGAGCCGGAUGCAUAUUCCAGCCGGGGUCGCGCCGUGUUCACCAAUGUGAAAAGGGUUGAUGGUGAUGCGGUGAUUCCCCAUGCAAAGUCUGAUGAUGAGUCUUGUGAUUCGGGAAGCACUUGGGUUCUUGGGCAGCAGCCCCGCUCUCCUAGCCCCAUGGCAGAACCCGAGCCCAGGGAAGCACCCAACCCGAAGGCAGAAGCCUAUACAGGAUCUGGUUCUGAGGAUGAUUCUUAUGACUCUUCCUCUUCCGAGAAGGGAGUUGUGGACGAGGACACUUUUCACCAAGAGUUGCGCAAAGCAUCCGUGGCAGCCCAAGAUCGUGCCAUCAACAGUGGGCCAUCCUCUGGCUCCAAGGCAACCAUGGAGACACCCCAGUGUAGCAAACCCGGCUUCUGGGGAUUCCCUUUGGUUGAGACACCUCCAAAGGUUUCCGCUCCUCACAAGAACAAGGGGAACAAGGGGAACAAGGGGAACAAGGGGAAGAAGAAGUGCACGCACAAGGUCAACAAGAAGGCAUCGUUCAAGCGGUCUGGCACUUCGAAGAAGGUGGCCAAGGCUGAUGAACAUUCAGUUGAUUCGUUGAGUAUGGCCCCAAUGAGCCCAGAACCCAAAUCGACUUAUGGGGCAUACAGCCUGGAUGAAAUCCCCAGGGAUGCAUGGCCAAAUUUGAGCCGUGCCAACCGUGGCAACCAUUCAUAUACCCUGUCGGAUGGGAAUGGGGCAGUGGUCGAAGUACUCCUUCAGAAGCGUGGGUUUUUCAUCAAAAAGGUGAAGGACGGAUUUGAAGGGCCUCAGGGUCACGUGUCCUGGGGAAAAUUUGAAAAUGUUCAGAAGGCCUGGGAUGUUGUCAGAAGCAGGCUCAGCUCCAAAGCUCACAUUUCCAGUCCCAGUUUGGCAAUGGGGAAACCUACGAGCCACAGAGUGCCCCGGCGUGCUGCGCUCGUGGCCGGAGCAGGGUCAAAGUCAGUGCCCAAGGGCUUGAGCGAACCUGAUUCGGUGCCAGAGACUGUCCUUGCGGUGCUGGCUGCUUUGGUGUUUUCGCUGCCUGGCUUAUCAUGGGCCCCAACGCAGCAUGCUGAGUUCUUCUCUGGGAAGAUGGAAGUUACAUUGGCCGAAAUUCAGGAGGGAAGAACAUGUGCAGCUUAUGAUGUGGAGUACGACCCGCACUACAUGAACAUAUUGUCGCCCGAAGGAUACGUCCAUGCCAUCUACCAAGUCCUUCGGCUGGAACGGGGGUCUUCAAUGACCCUCGCUCCAGUCUGUUCUUCAUGGGUAUGGGUGUCACGUGGAACGACAAAAAGAUCGGCUUACAAUGUGCUCGGGGAUACCUCAGUGCGAUGCGUGUCAGAAGGAAACUGCAUGGCAGCACGUUGUGCAUUACUUUGCUUCCUAGCAUUGGCUAGAGGAAUAUGGGUGGUGAUGGAACAACCACGGGGAAGUCUUCUUGAACAUCACCCAGCAAUGCAACUGUUGUUCAAGCUUUGCCAAUUCUGGCGCAAAAGUAUCAAAAUGGGUGAUUUUGCCGCUCCUUCGCAGAAGGAUACCUGGUUAUAUUCCAGCCAACCCUUCAUCGAGCAGAUCUAUGAUUUCAAGCCUGCGACACUCCCACAAAGGCAGUCCGUGCAGCUAGUUGAGAAGUAUGUUGACUCCAAAGGAAUCAAUCGGGUAAAAGGGUCCCGCUUCCUAAAAGGAAGCCAGGCCUACACCAGGCAGUUCGGCCGGGCUUUGGCAAGGCUGAGGACCAGACACCAGUCCGAAGUGAAAGCAGCAGCUGCAGCUUUCCUGUGCAAAGCCGCUGGCGGGAAGCAACGAACUGGUGGCUUGGUGUCGCCGGCACUCAACAAUGAGGGAAAAGGAGAUACCAAGAAGGGAGACAGGGGAGACAAGACAGGUCGUCAAAAGAAUGAGAAGAAGGAGAAGAAAGAGAAAGAGGAGAAUAAGGAAAGGAAGUCAGCCCUCAGGCGCCCAUCAGGCACACGUGAUGAGAAGGGUGCAAAGGUUCAGGCAAUAGAAGACAAGAAGGAGCCAAAGGAGAAUGUCAAGGAGUCAAAGAAGGAGAGCAAGGAGUCAAGAAAGACGGAUAAGGAGUCAAGAAAGGAUGGUAAGGAGUCGAAGAAGGAUCGAAGAGAGGAGCCGGCGAAGGAUGGAAAGGAGUCGAAAAAACAGAGAAAGGAGUCGAACACAGAGAGAAAGGAGGCGAAGGAAUGCAAGAAGCAGAAGACAGAACCAAAUGCAGAAGCAAAGCCACUUGUGGCCGAGAACUCAAAGACAGAGAAGACCGACAAGAGAGAGAAGAAGGAUGGAAAGAAGGAACAGGAGAAGGAGAAGAAGCAUAAGAAAGAGAAGAAGUCCAAGGAUGAGGAGGCAGGAAAGACAAAGAAGAAAAGAGAGCCAGAAGGAGAUCAGACUGGGGAUGGUCCAGUCAAGAAAAGGAGGGAAGGCGAUGAUGAGAAAGAGGAACCCCAAAAGAACGAAGCACAUCUGGAUGAAGAUCUAGCAGUUGUGGCAGGAGCAGAGAAGAGUUCCUUGAAAGUCCCAGACAUUGAUGAGCUGAUCGCUCAGCUCGAGGCAGAGGAAUUGGUGGAGCAAGAGAAGUUCGAGAAGAUGUUAGAAGACAGUGGGGAGGAGGGCCAGGACGAGGGAGAAGGACAGGAGCAGGGGGAGGAGGAAGAGAAGGAGAUCGAUCAGGAGGUCGCUGUCCCCAGCACCACAGCCCUCGCUUUGAAAAAGUUGGAUGAGAGUGACGAAUCGAUGGAUGAUGAGGCAGCCUCUGACCCAAGCUCCCACGAUUCCUCUGAGGAAUCUUCCCAGUCCAGCCAAGAGACCGUGGAUGAUGAAACCAGCAAUGAUGAUGCUGACACAGCUCCAGCUCCUGCAUCGAGCAAAGGCGACAAGAUCGAUGAGGCAGCUGGGUCGGCCGUGGAUAUCCCUGCCCAAAGGGCCAACAGUCGAACCAACAAGAAAGAGUGGGAUACUUUCAGCAGAGAAGUGUUGAACAAGAAGAAGUUCCCGGUGCGAUUAUCGGAACAUCUCGCACGGGAUAAGGUUGAUUUGUUCAACCUUUGGUUGGCUCACGGCAAGGACCUUCACGAGGUGGCAUUGCAUGUGGAGCGCACUGCCGAAACUGUGAAUCGCACAGCCAGUGGCCGAGAGGGGAUGAAAUUGAGGGAUAUCGAGGCCAAGUACCCACCGGAGAAAGCCAAGAAGUUGGCCACCCUUCUUCGAUCCCGGGGCAUGUGGUAUUGGGAUCCGGAUUUUCCCAAUGACGAAGAGGAGAUAUUCUAUUACACUGGGAAAGCUCGAAGUGUCAGCACGGAGAACCUUACAAAGGAGUCCAUGACCCUCAAGGGAGUUACCAGCCCUGAUGAAACCACACUUGCUGCCCUCACCGGUGAAUCAGGUCCUCUUGCUGCUGGAGCUCUUCCCCAGAUGGAUGUCUCGCAGGCCGAAGGUGACAAGAACACCUGGGAAACUCUGAUGGAAGCCCCGGUGGCCAAGCGCAAGGCCAAGCCGCGCACUACGCAGGAGCCAGCAGUCCCGGUGGAACCCAAGACCCUUCAUGAGUAG